UGGUACGCUUGCUGGCGUUUGUGUACCCUGAAUAUCGACGUUUUUAAUACGUACUCGAAGACUGUUGUGCGCUAAAUCGCUAAAUGCGCUGAUAUUUAUGUUGUACGCCAGGUGACGCAGAUGGUCGUUGCGAGCAAAAUGGCGGAAAGCAAUGACUUGUCAGCAUCCCAAACAGAGAAACUGCUACAAUUUCAGGAUCUCACAACGAUAGAAGACCUCGAAAGGUGUAGGGAAAUACUAGACAGGCACAAUUGGGACCUCGAGGUCGCUGUUCAAGACACUUUAAAUAUCCAGGAGGGUUCACCGUCUGUCUACUUGCCACCUUCUAGUCGGCAGCCAUCAGUAGUGGUCGAUCACGCGGACCAAAGGUUCUUCUACUCUGUCCAGAGCUGGCGGCCCAGUGGUCUUCUGGGAUGGGGCAAAUUCAUCAUCACCUUCCCCUUCUGCUUCUUCUACAGCACCUUGUUAAGCAUCAUGCGGUAUGCAUGGAGCAUCAUUUGGCCAGGACCGAGAAGAUUGGGCACAGAUCCCCUGGCUGAUGUGUUGAACUUUAUCCAAAGCUUUGAGACCAGAUAUGGGAGCAAUCAUCCAGUCUUUUAUCAGGGCACAUACAGCCAGGCCCUGAAUGAUGCAAAGCGUGAACUGAAGUUCCUUCUCAUCUACCUGCAUGGCGAUGACCACCAGGACACGCCAAACUUUUGCAGGGAUGUGCUGUCGUACCAGCCACUGGUGAACUUAAUCAAUGGUCAGAUGCUUUUCUGGGCGUGUUCUGUCAACUACUCCGAAGGUUACCGAGUGUCGCAGGCACUGCGGGAGAACACAUACCCAUUCCUGGCGAUGAUAGUUCUGCGGGACCACCGUAUGACGGUGGUCGGCCGCCUCGAGGGCCUCAUGGAGCCGGACACGGUUAUUGUGCGGCUGCAGCAGAUCAUGGCCGACAACGAGGCUGCCCUUAUAACAGCUCGCAUGGAGAGGGACGAGCGGUCCCUGACGCAGAGCUUGCGGCAGCAGCAGGACGAGGCCUACCAGGCCUCGUUGCUCGCCGACCAGGAGAAGGAGCGGCGGCGCCUAGAGGAGGUCAGGCGGCAACAGGAGGAACAGCAGCGCCAGCAGGAGCACGCCCUUCAGGAACAGCAGAAGAAAGAGGAGAUUCAGCGUAUGAAGCUUGAGCUGGUGGACCAGAUCCCUGAAGAGCCACCAGAUUCAGACCCUGGAAGCAUUCAUCUCGUCAUCAAGCUGCCAACAGGAACACGUCUCGAGAGGCGGUUCAGGCGGUCACAGUCACUCAAGUAUCUGUACUUUUACGUAUUCUGCCAAGCGGACGCGCCCAACAGCUUUGAGAUCAUCACGAACUUUCCACGACGGACACUGCCCUGUGAGCCCACGCGUGAGUGCCCGGAACCGCCAAGCUUUGCCGAGCUUGGACUUGGGAAGACAGAGACGGUAUUUGUCCACGACCUGGAGGCGUGAGCAUCACCUACUCGCAAGACUGUGCUCCGGCGCUCUAGGUUUUUUUUUUCUUUCUCUUGCCACUGCCGCUGCUGCUGGUUCUCCCUGUUCUUCUGCUGGCAUAGCUGGUAACGGUUGGCUGCACACAUCAAAAACGCCUGUAUUGCAUCAUCGUUCUGGGCGUUAGUCAUCAUCAUCGUCGUCACGAGACCUCGUUCACUCUUGUGCCGCGCGCAGUUGUGAGUUCGUUCUCGGGCUGUCUUUGAGCACUCUCUUUCUCUCUGCUCUUUUUUCUUUAAUGUUUCAAGGGACGGGGAAAACAUAGUUUCCUACUGAGAUCACUAGAGGGAACUGGGAAUGAUGGUUAAUAUACAUGGAUGCCUCUGAUCUUUGUA